AUGAUUUUAUCAACUAGGAUUCUUAAGUGCUUUUCAUCCGAAAAGAAGAUUCUCAGAUUCAUCAAAACCUGUAGUAGUCCCAAAGAAAUCUACUAAAUCUAUCACAAAAAUUAAGAACAUUUUACUCCAUUACUAUUUCUGGAAGCUUUGAAACAUAUGAACACAAGUCCAGUUAAAAAGAAAUUCGAUCUCAAUGAUGAUGCUGCCUUCUAUGAUUAACUAACAGAAGUAUUCAAGUAGGUGCCUAUGCAGGAAAAAUGGAGAUUUUAUGUGCAAGUUGCUAAAAUCGGAAGAAACAAAUAAAUAAUCAAAUAAUAUGGAAAUGACUUGACUUGCAUCAGAGUGAAGCAAAUUGCCAUUCUAUUAUGGGGUUAUCAUAAAAAUGGUAUCAAGAAGCCCAAACUUGUAAUUCAUUUGAUUGAUCAAUUACAAUAAAAUUUAGAUUCUCUAGUCCCAGUCUCAGAGAAACCUGAGGAUUUACAAACUCCCAAGGAAUAAUUGAAAUCAGAAAAUCAAGAGGAUAACGAAAUCAAUCAAUCUGAUGAAGAUGAACAUUUUUUAGAGCAAUAAUUGGAGGAGGAUUUGCAAUCUGAAAAACGAGUGCUUAAAGACUUUAAAUUCAAAUUCAAAGAUUUGGUUCUCAUUAUUUGGGCUAUUCAAGAUAUUAAGUUAGAUUCCAGUGCAUUAUUAAUAUACACAUUUAAAUUAGCCAUAAAUAAUUUUAAUAAUAAAGAGUUAAUAACUAAUAGAUCUUUAAUUCUACUCUUAUAAGCAACUCUCAACAUCAAAGAAAAUAAAUAAAUCAGUGCUUAUCAAAAACUUGUUAUCCAAAAUCUAGCUGAAUAGGACCUUUCCAAUGAAGGUCUACUCCAGUUACUACUACUUUUAAGAACUUUAGGUUAAUUGUAGCUAAGUCCAGAAUUUGCUUAAAAAUUAGCACAUAUUAUGUUGAAAAACCAAGAGAAAUCCAAUCAGCCUUUUUCCUCAAAGUUUGCUUCCAUAAUGAUUUGGAAUUUGAAUAAAUUAGGCAUUACUGAUACUGAUAUUUACAACAAAUUGGGACUGCAUUUAACAAAAAGCAAUGAGUUCAAAGCUAUGGAUAUUAGUUAAGCUAUUUUGAUUUAUUCCCUCCAAUAAACAAAAUCUCCCUAAUAUUAAUAAUAUUAAUUCAUUUUGAGAUCAUUAAUAAGCAAGGCAAAUAUGAUUAAAUUAGACCCAAGAAGUCAAAGCAUUAUUAAAGAAUCUUUAGAGUAGUAUUAACCUCAUCUAAUCAAGUUAUAAAAAAAAUGA